AUGUCUUCGAUGAUGUUGCUUUCGCUGUCCCCGUCAUGGCCCCGGGCGAAGGGGAAGAAGGCGGGCGUGCCUCACCAAUCGGGCACGCGCGCGGAGCGGCCGCACGAUCUUUGGCAUACCGAUAUGCGUGGGCCGAUGACCGCCUCGCUGGGGGGGUCGUUGUUCAUGAUCAUGUUCGUAGACAGCUUCUCGCGGUGGAUGAAGCUGAGGCGCAAGUCGGACACCCUCGCCUUCGUCAAGAAGUUCCUCGCCGACAUGAGUGGCACCGGUGUCCCUCGUUCUUUCCGGAUGGACAACGGGGGGGAGUUCGUCAGCCGCGACUUCAUCGCCUUCUGCGACAACUCCGGCAUCUGCCGUACGUACACGGCGCCGGGCACCCCGCAGCAGAAUGGUCCGGCGGAGAGUGCGAUCUGGCGCGUGAAAAAGGCCGGCCACGCCGCUCGUCUCGAGGCACGCCGCCUGUUCCUCAAGAUCGACUUCACCCGCGUCCCCGGCGUCGGACGCGAUGGCGAGCGACUUUGGCUGGAGUCGUGUCACUGGGCUGCCGGCGGCUUCAACCGUUCUCCGACCAAGGCAAACGUCGGGUACAAGUCGCCGCACGAGUUCUCCACCGGCCGCCCGCCCCCGCUCCAGAUCGUCCCGUUCUUACAGCCGGGGUAUAUGCGUGUUAUGCGCGCGCGGAAGAUGGAUCCCAAUGCAGUGCUGUGCUGCUACCUCAACAACGGCGACAACCAUCACGAGUCGGCGGUCAAGGUCCUCAAGUUCGCGACGGGGCGCGUGUGCAUGACGAACAACGUCGUGUGGGUCUCCGACCGCGCGCCGUUGCUGACCCCGCCGCUGGAGAUGCCGGCGCCGGCGGGCGAGGGGGGGGAUUCGGAUGUCGCCGCCGCAUCGUUUUUAAUAGAGUACAUUUCACCGCCUCUGUUACCCCCCUCACCGUUCGCCCGAUAUCCCACUUCACCCGCUGCCAUAUCCUCACAGGCGCCGCCGGCAACUUCCACACCACCAUCGCCGUCGCCGCCGUCUACCGCAGCAACACCAUCGCCACCGGUCACCGCGCCGCCUGCGACCCCACCGUACACCACCACCGCGCCACGUGCAACGCCGCUCGCCGCCGCGCCACCGUUCACCACCACCGCGCCGCCUGCAACGCCGCUCGCCGCCGCGCCACCGUUCACCACCACCGCGCCGCCUGCAACGCCGUUUGCCGUCGUGCCACCGCCUCCCGCCGUCGUGCCGCCCGGUGCCGCGCCAUCGACCAACAUGCCGCCGCUCACUACGAGGACCAUCCGUGAACUGGACGUGGGGCGCGGGGACAUGAGGGUUUCCGGGCGCACGAGGGCAGCCGCUAAGGACCAAGUGGGGGGGCGGGCGUCGUCAAUGCCGCCCCUCUCUGCCAGGGCCAAUCGAGAGCUGGACUUGGGACGAGAGACGCGGGUGCCAGGGAGGUUGAGGGGUCGGGGGGUGCGUUUCCAGGAUGGGGGGGGGGAGCGGUCGACGUCACCUGGCGGGAGCGGCGACUCUCCCGCCCACCACUUCGGGCUUGUAUCCCUGCAGGAUAAGGCAACGCUCUUGUCGACUUUCACCACUCGCAGCGUCGUCGACAGGGGGAGAAAAGAGAUCCCGAGUUCAGCCGGAGGACGUGGAGGAGCGGAGUCGAGGGGGCGAGAGCGGGGGCGCACAAAAACAGGAGGACUGCGUGAAGAAGUCCCAUUUGUGUGCCCCACCUUGCUUGCCUCCCGCGAGGACAUUGAUCGCACGAUGAGGGAUUCAAAUCCCCCGGAAGUGGCACCGGACAUGUCGUAUUGCUAUGCCAACGACUUGCGCGUGCCCAACACUUAUAGGGAGGCUGUGUCCUCUGAGUAUGCUGACUUGUGGGUAGACUCUGUAGAGAGGGAGUUCAGAGGUCUGAUGGAGGCUGGUACCUUUGAGGAAGUAAUGUAG